AUGCUCAUAUUUGUACAGGGUGCCUUCUAUAACCUCUUCUACGCGAGGGAGGGGUAAUCAGUGCUAUUCCUAAGUAGGACUGCUUGGACGUCCUGGACGGUUUCCGGGCUCCACGGUGGAUCAGGACUUGGUUUAUUGACAGAGUGAUGCAAGUUAACUUGGACCGACUGUGGUAUUACAUAUCGCCGUCCCCGUUUCACUUUUUAGAGCAAAGGAGGAGGAUGGUGCGGAAGUGGACGAGAAUCUGAAUUCCCAGGUGUGGCGACACACGCGCAACACCGGAUACCCCCAUCUGGUCUAGACCGCCGGUCAAAACCGUUGUUUCAGGGAGCAACAAAUGAGAGCUGAGUGCCAUUCAGGGGCAGCUAGGUGUAGUCACCAAAGUGACCUACCCACACACACGGUGCAUCUCCUUACUGCGACAAUUUGGCCGUCACCAAAGAUGUCCACCCCCUGCCCCAGAGCGCGGAGGCGAUGACUUGGGCGUGAAUUACUUUAUUGUGAUAGUAGACUUGUGCAGCAUCUACCGCACUUCCUCUUCCCUGCCUUUCUCGGUCCCAGUGUUACGACCGACUGGAAGCGGGACCUGGGGCAUAUGAUUGACGCGGCAAGAGCCUGCGGCCAGACGUGCCAGCACCUCCUUCCAUGUACGGCAUUUGUUAUGGAUCCGCAGUCCAAAUAACGCGUGUCGUAACCUGAUCUAGUCGUCGUGUUGGUCCCCUUACUUGGCACUCCUACACACUAUGUACUGCGGUACUUGGGGCCUUAUGGACACUUAACGCAGGCCUUCAUCACGUGCUACGAGCUACUCUGUCCAGUGUUACGGUCUAAUGAAUCAGUGAUACGUUAUUCUGAGGGCCAAGUUCAGUCACACUGCUCGCUUGCAUGCAAGCAGGGAAAAAUUUAAGGCGAUGUUUGCUUCUGCAGCCCCACUGGAUUGAUACCGUAGGGUUGGCUUACUAGAAAAAUAUUAAUUAACAUAUCUAACUUGGCCACUUGCCGUAUUAGGAAGGAAAAGAGAGCGUAAGCAGAGCUCGAAGCACGCACAGGGAAGCGAGUGAAGGUGCUGUAUACACACUCUCCCCGCGACACAACCACUCGCUGGAUCAAGAGGAUAAGGAGGGCGCAAUCACAACUGGAAGGCCACGGGGGGAACCGAGUGGUAAUUCGCAGAGCAUAGGCACUGUAACGGAACCGACGGAGUUCCACACCGUCUAAACAAUUCCAUUUGCAAGUCUUCUUAGACUGUUUAUGAGGGCGCAAGCAGGGCUCAAAGCACACGCAGAGGAAUGCAUGCGAACUAAUACCGGAGAUAUCCGAGGCCGGCUUUUAAUCGCUUUUAAUCCUCCUCCUCCUCCUCCUCCUCCUCCUCCCGUGACACAGUCGCUCUCUGGAGUAACGUGUUAAGGAACGUGCAAAUGCGUGAUAGUUGUAAAAUCGACGUAUUCACACCUAUCAAAAGGUUUUUAAAAAGCUAACCAUACGGUAUCACUCAGGUGGGGCUGCAGGACCGAACCUUGCCAAAUUUUAUAUUAAAUGGCGGUGCGUAAGUACAUCAAAGGUACUCCGAUUCAGGACUUCCACUGUCUGGCUUCAUAAAUUAGACUGUUUUGGCUAAAAUUAGAAUCAGUGGGGUUCGUAGUCCAUGGAUCAAAAUUUUGAGCUCCGUGCGUAGGUGAUGCCUUGGCCGCUUGUAGGGGGUGUAAAGGUUCGCAGAAUCCUGCGGCCUCUUGGAUUCCACUUUUUCUGAGGGGAAAGUCGCUAAUGCGCGCCGGGCUCUAAGCUGUCUUCCGCUGCAACAAGGAGGACGAUGACAUGGCUAAACAUCACUUCCCCCAGCAUUUCUGGACACGGUAGACAGCCCAAACUGUGACAGUACGGUCUGGCUCGCAUGAAAUAUAAAAUAAGUUCGAUCCCCAUGGUGUGCUUCUUGAUACUGCCUAAGAUUCCCAUGGCUUUUCAAAGGCAAAAGCGUGAAGAAACAGUCGCACUUUCGGCCAAUUAGAUUUCUUAAUAAAUGAGAAAAAAGAUUAUUCGCACUUUCGGUAAAAGGCAAGAUCUUAUUUCGUGGCCGUACCUGGUAGUGUGUUAGGGGUUAGGGGUUAGGCUGGGGCCCUUCAACUGCAGGUACGGCUACGAAAUAAGAUCGACAAAUUUUACUGACCCAAUACUUGGCGGUCAACACAGUCCAAGCACGUAAAGCACGAGGUUCCGGCGACCAGAGUGUGUUAGCUGCAAUCAAAGCGUAGUGUUUCUCUAGUAGGUUUGACUAACACUGAGGUCAUCGAGUUUUUCUCAAGUAUGACAGGUAGAGAAUAAGCCUUGGUCGGACACGGAAAUGAGGACUUCCCCCGUACUACAGGUGGCCGUAGGCUAUACUACAAAAACGGGAUACAUAUUCUCGUAUCCUAACUUUAACCCUAACCCCGACGUCAGCUCCGAUGCUGAUCCAUAGGUAUUUAGCGCAGAGCCACCUGUAGUGCGGGUUGUGUCCAAAUUCCCAUACCCAACCGAAGCAUCUUUAGAUAGGCGUCGAAUGACAUGGGCGAAAUCCACGCUGCCUACCUGACAACUGUUUUGUAAUCGAAUUGUCCCUUAUGACGAAGGACCCUCAGCAACGGGGUCGUUUAGCACAAUGUGAUGUACCUUCGAUCGCGCACACUGUACUGAAGCACCGCUUGAACAAUCCAUCCAGGUUGAAGCUCCAUUUGAGGAUUUCCAGGCAGGGAUUAAGUAUUUAGGUCGCAUGUCGUAUCCGCCCAAAGAUGCGCCGUCUGGGAAUUUUAGCAGAGUAGUUUGGAAAGAUGACGGUCUGCUCCUGAGAGAAAUGUCACUGGCCAUAAAUUUCCGAAAAAUCUCUUACUUUCGUCCUCAGAAUCCUCCGAUCGAUUAACCUUUAACUUUCGCUCUCCCAUCUCUUGUCACUUGCUUCCUAACCUUCAACUGAUCUAAUUUCUAUUGAUCAGAGGUCUUCUCUGAUGCAAUCAGAGACUGUAGUCGAAACGUAGUCGAAACACCCAACGUAGGUUGAGAUUACGACUUUUUUGGAAUAUCAGUAUGCAUGAACUCUGAGACAUUACUGUACCGUUUCUUCCUUACCUAUUCACGACAAUUACUAUUACAACCCAACUUAAUCAAUCAUUUUGCAUAGAGAACACCUUUCAGAAUUUCACUUAAAAUUUCAUGUGACAGCACACCCACUGGACAUACGGUGUGCGCGGAAAUUCACGCUGCAUUGUCUGAAACCCUCAUCUCCAAUCUCGAAUUGUGGAUUACCGAAAAAUUAUUUUAGUGGUAUGAUUCUGUUAAAUGCGUUCAGGUUAGCUCGCACUUACACAAAAUGCCAACUGUCCACUGUAUAUUUCCCGACGAAUUAUGGCAAGCUCAUCAAGACAGCGGAGUGUUUUAGUGGCUAUGCGCACUUGUUCAUCUCCGUGAGUAUACAGUAGAUGUGCUAAGUCGUGAAAUGUCAACAAAAUUUCGAAAUGCGUUCUCCUUUUGAAAAGAUCAAUUAACCAGUGUUGUAAAACUAAUCAUGAUGCAGCAUAAAUCUAUAAUGAUCCAGUUACCUCAGAGUGUCAGCUUUCGAAAGAAUUUAUUUUCGGCUGCAUGCAAGAUCAAUACUUUGCAAAAAAUGACUACUUAAGUAACAUUCAAUUUUCUCAUUGAUUUUCGAUGCCCUUGAAAAUUUAAUUAUAUUUCAUGGAAAACAUGCAUAAAAAUAUUCAUUCUUUUACUUAUUCGGUAGAAAAUCACGUCCUCUUCUAAUUUCCUACUCAAUGAGAAACUUGUAUGCUACUUAAGUAGUCAUUUUUUGCAAAGUAUUGAUCUUGCAUGCAGCCGAAAAUAAAUUCUUUCGAAAGCUGACACUCUGAGGUAACUGGAUCAUUAUAGAUUUAUGCCGCAUCAUGAUUAGUUUUACAACACUACUUAAUUUACCUUUUCGAAACGAGAACGCAUUUCGAAAUUUUGGUUGACAUUUCAUGACUUAGCACAUCUACUGCACUUGAAAUUCAACGGAUUUCAAUGCCGAACUGACGCCGAGCCACUGAUUCUUGUUUAGAUGGGGAGUCGCAGUACUAGCGGAGAGUGACUACUUACAGACGCCUUUUUCCCACCACUUCACUAACUUCUCUCUCUUCCAGGUUUUUGAUUUUGAAUUGACGGCGGAGGAGAUGGAGACAUUGAGCACCUGCGGCCGGAACGAUCGCCUCUUCAAAGCUCUCUCGUGAGUUCUCUCUUGGGCCUGCUAGAGUCAAAGGUGUACAGGGAAUAAAAGUUUAAGUCGCAAAAAACGGUUUAAAUCUGCAGGAUAACUGAAAAAGUCAUAUAACCGACCUUUUUGUUUAAAUUAAUUAAGUCGCAUCAUAACCGACGCCGUCGCUCUGCAUAAAUAAUGCGCAGAUAAUCCUAAGCGAGAUGUGGCGCAAAGUAUAAACUUCCGGCUGAUUAAACCGACUCUCACUUGCCGGCAGUCCGGUCGGCUUCAAAUUGAAGGAACGCCACCUUUAACGGGGCAUGGAUAGGUUUUUAGUUGCCUUGACCCCAGCUCUAAUUAUAAGCAUCUAUCCAAAAAUAGACUACGGUAGUAACCGAAUUAAGAAUCCCAGACCGCCGAACGUAUUUGAAGUUGUGUUUCAGGGGGCUGUGUGCCGGAAGUUGUGCAGAUGUCACGUGUCAAACAGGCCUUCGGCACAACCCACAGUAGCUGACUCCCGGAUGUAGUGUAUAACACUCGUAAGCGGGCCAGGUUCUCGCAUCUGGCUUACACGAACGGCUUAAUCUUCAUCCAUAUAUUGUUAGCCGUAAUCCUAGCCAUAACGGUAAGUCUAACCCAUAACCAUGCGUCUAGCUCGAAUUGCAAACCUCGACCUAAACGCUAUCUCGACCGUAAUCUCAAGCAGGAUCAAUAUUGCAACAACAUAUGGACGCCCAGGCUGUCCAUGUAACGCAUAACCUGACCGCAAAUGUAAACCUGAUCGUACGUAAGACCGCGAAAACAACUGUAGGCUGAACGGUGACUGCAACGCGAACGGCAGCUCACGAUUGAUAAUUGGAAAAAUGACCGAAACGAGUGAGUUCCGUAAGAACGAUCGGUGAGCGCCCCCUAUCAUUGUAUAUUCUCGAUCGAUACCGACAGGGCAUCGGGCUCGUGGCCCAGUGGUUAGAGGCGUGGACUUCUAACUAACAGGUCGCGAGUUCGAGCCUCGAGUGUUCCACACUUCGGGGUUGGGUAUUACUGGCUGACGAUGGUUAAUAAGCCAGAAAUGGCCAUUCCAGUCUCCCUGGUUUUUGUCGGUAAUGCUAUUCUGGAAAAAUGACCCUCAGCCCAGUCUCCAAGUUAGGUCAUAGAGCUAAAGACACGCCACAACUGACACCUCAAAAUAGGCCAAAUCCUGAAACUAACAUCGGCCUUAACCUAGACCACAUUACCAACCCUAACCGCUGAUUUAAUCCUGUUCAUGGUCCUGCCCACAACACCAAACCUAACCCUUAUAGUAACCACUGGGACAUCCCAUAUUAGUUUGAAAAUACCUCCUACUCGAACGAAAAAAGUAGCAAAAAUAGCUUUGAAGCAUUUUAUCCCCAGUAGGAAGCUGCAGGCAAGCAGGAGAGGAUUUAAUGGUACCAAAAAAUUUCGCGACGGCUCGUUAGCUGCGUCCUGUCGCCUCAUAAUAUAGAUAACGAGUAGGAAGAAUAUAACAGAUUUGAAUUCGGGCAGAAAAUCAAUGCAGAAAUAACAAGGUCAUGGUUUUGGGUAAAUCUGGCCAAUCGAUAAAAUUUGUAACUUGUACACAGUACGGGAAGAAUAGUGGAAAAAAGGGGCGUUAACGAGCAAAAUGAAAGGGAAAGUGAAAAUCAUGUAGCCAAAGGCUACCAUGGCAAGGGUAGGCUAACCACGUGUUCUAACUGUUUAUACAGAUCGGGUUUCACCUGCCGUAUACAGGCCGCCUCCAGGUAACGCAAUGUUCGAGCUGCUCGUGCCCGAACGAGUGCUCGGAAGGAAGUUUUAGGGUCGACGGAGUGACCACUAUUAAGCAAAUGUUUUGUAAUGGAGGAACGCAGGAUUUUAUUUUCUUGCUUUAGGAGCCAUCUGGGCAGGUGCUCAAUAGACCUGAUUGCCAACCGCCCUUGCGUUCGCCCAAUGUACUUGCAUCCGCAAGUGCAUGUGAAUUCACAAACACGAUUUGAAGUGGAGUGCAUUGGUAAGGCAUCCUUCGCCCGUAGAAUUCGAAUAGGCAUAGUAGGACUGCAUAAUACGAGUUCGGCUGCGUUUUAUGUCAUCUCAAUGGUGGAAUGCAGUCGUUGUUUGUUAGUAUUUAAAACUUUGUCGCCCUUAAAGAGCAAGGAUAUAAGAACGGACAUUUUCGGAACUGAAUGUUCUGUCACUUUUGGCCGUGUACAUUUGCUGUACUUUUGGACGAAACGUGCAGGAUACCCAAGCUUAGGCAGGGUUUCUUUGAGGCGUGCAAGUUCUGCACUAAGUGUGUUAUUGGAGCAAAUGUUUCCAGCCCUUUGGAAAAGAGUGUACACCAACUUCCGUGUCCAUUGUAUGGGUACAAAACUCAAAAAUGCGAGUAAUGCCCUUCCCAAGUAUUCUUGUGGAAAACGGAACAUCUUAUGGAACCAUUUCGCUCGCUUAACACAAAAACGGUCAGUAAAGAUGGUUGAUUGUCUUGUUCAUUCUUAUUGCAAAUUUGAUCCUUGAAUGUGGCUUAUUCGUAAUAGAGAGAAAUUCUUCGGCAAUUCUUCGCAAUCAGUGUUUAAUUUACUAAUUUUGUCGAUUAGCCAGCUUGAACCUAAACCAUAACCCUGUUAUUUGUGCAUUGAUUUUCUGCGUGAAUUCAAAUCUGCUGUAUUCUUCCCACUCGUUAUCUAUGUUGUGAAGCGACAGGACGCAGCUGACGAGCCGUCCGAAAUUUUUUGUACCAUUAAAUCCUGCCCCGCUUGCCUGCUCCAGCAGAAAAGGCCUCAUGAAAACUUGCGGAUCCAAAGUUGCAUUUUACCUUCUUAUCAUCGUUACAACGGGCUAGGAAAGUUACACUAACUGCAGUUCGACGUUACGUCUGUAGUUCAUAUGGUUCCAGCUGAGAAGCAUUCCCGUCUCCUUGGACGCACUUCUGAUCCCCCUUGAGAGAGCCGACUACAAGUCAUGUUAUUAUGCUAAUUUCCAUCGCCAUUGGAAGGAGAUGCGAUCGCAGGAGCAAAAAUGUUAUUCACCCGCAGUUUCGGAUUUCCUCUCGAACCCAUUACCUAAAACAACAAUAGGAUGCAGGUAUCGAAUGCUGCAAUUUGUUAGAUGUGGGGGAGGAUUUCAAACAAAUGCACCGGAGAAUUAAAAAGACUGCUCUGGACGUGGAUCCUCGAGCAGGUAUGGGGAGUGGGGAGAAAUUACGUCAAGUCUCAAGUUACGACUUACUCGCCGGGACGCAAUCACAUCUCCAAAAACGAAGUGUCACAUUCGCACGGAAAUGGGAACCUCAUAAGUCGCAAUUGACAGUAGGUGGGCUAACUCAUUAAAUGUCAACCGAAAUUCCGAAAUGUGUUUUCGUUUAGAAAAGACUACUUAACUAGGGUUGUAAACCUGGCCAGCCAACAGCAAAUUCUAUAAUAAUUCAGUUACCGCAGGAUGCCGGCUUUCGAACGAACUUCCAUCCGGCUGCAUGCAAAACUACACUCAGUAAAAAAUGACAAUGUAAGUAGCAUAAAUAAUUGUCCUUGAUUUUCGAUGCCCCUAAAAGUCCAAUUAUAUUUCAUGGAAAACAUGCAUAAAAAUAUUCAUUCUUCUGCUUAUUCGGUAGAAAAUUACGUCCUCUUUUAAUUUUAUACUCGAAUGAGGGACAUAGUUCGGUUUUAAAAAUGUUUCCAAUUGUGGGACUUUUAAAUACCGUGAAAUGGCCGUUCAUAAGUCGUCAUGUCUCUGCAUUUGCCAAUGUGGCUUGUAAAGUUAACAAUAUGGAUCAAAUCCACUUUUAAAUGUUCUGAACCUUUAUGGUCCGCCUUUAUUACCGUAGAGAAAAGUGUGGUUUUCCGUACGCGGAAAAUAUACGGCUUGUAGUUUGAAACCCUUAAUCCAGGUGUAACGGUAGAGCUGGUUCAAAAUUAUUCGGGAAUUGGAAAAGUUUUUGAAAACCGAAUUAUACCCUUCCUGCGAGUAUAAGAUUGGAAUAAUACGUAUUUCUACCGAAUGGGCAAAAUAUUGAAUAUUUUUAUGCAUGUUUUCCAUGAAAUAUAAUUGGACUUUUCGGGACAUCAAAAUUAAUGACAAUUAUUUAUGCUACUUACAUAGUCAUUUUUUACUGAGUGUAGUUUUUGCAUGCAGUCGGAUGGAAGUUCGUUCAAAAGCCGGCAUCCUGACAGAACUGAAACAUUAUAGAAUUAUGUUGCAUUCUGACUAGUUUUACAACCCUACUUAAUUAAUCUUCUCGAAACGAAAACGCAUUUCGGAAUUUCGGUCGACAUUUCAUGAGUUUGCCAACCUAAUGUAUCUAAGUCAUGGUUUUUCGACAUAACACCUCUCGACAAACCUAACGAUCGUCAUCACCAGAUCCCUACUUAGACGCUUCCCACGAAUAGUGCUUGGUCACACGUUGAGCAUGCAGGCGAACUUCGCUUCCUGUGACAUUACUGGUAAGAAAUCCCCGAGUGACCAGCACGUCCAUCAGCAACACCAGAGAUGAAGUCUCCGUCAUUAUCGCGCAAAGUGCAGACGUCUGCUACGGAUUCUGAAGCUGGUCAUUCCAUAGUAGUUAUAUCCUACGAAUACUGAGUCCCCCUAUGCGUUCGCUAUCACUAUUUUUUCCCAUCUCCGUCGACUGUUUCAAAAACGAGUCCUAAAGCUCUGGGGAAUGAAAGCCUUCUCCCAAGGAUCGAGCAUUCUCCUUCUCAACCGCUUCUCGGAACCCCUCUACUCGAUCGUAUCAGCAAUUUUAUUGGUAUUUUUACGCUUGUUGAUGAGGUCAGAUGGUAUAUGACUUGUGUGCUGGUCCGCCAUAAUUUUCUCGCAUCAGCAGUUUCUUAACUGCAGCGACUCCGACUAGCUCCCCCCCCUCCACAAUCGUUCUUUUACGCAGUGAUGACUAUCAGUUGUUGUUUGUCUGACGCCCAUUUGUGCAAUUCAGAUGAACUUUCUGCUUGCUGUGCCACUGCCCGCAUAUGCCUUCCACGUCAAUCUUCAUCCUCUUGCCCGCAUUUUCUAGUUGGAGAAGUCAUCCUGAGUAUCCUUUCACCGAAGACGCUUCCAAGUAG